UGCCUUUUGAGAGAGAGAGAGAGAGAAAGAGAGAGAUGGGUUCUGUGGAGCAGAAGCCUCAUGCUGUUUGCAUCCCAUACCCAGCUCAAGGCCAUGUUAAUCCGAUGCUCAAACUAGCAAAAGUCCUUCACUACAGAGGCUUCCACAUAACUUUUAUCAACACCGAGUUCAAUCACAGACGCUUGCUCAAGGCCAGAGGUCCCGAUUCCUUGGACGGCUUGCCGGACUUUUGCUUUGAAACCAUCCCCGAUGGUUUGCCUCCCUCCGAUGCUGACGCAACCCAAGACAUCCCAUCACUGUGUGACUCUAUCGCAAAGAAUUUCAUGGUCCCAUUUCGAAAUCUACUUGCGAAACUUAAUGAUACUGUCUCCUCGAAUGUUCCCCCGGUGAGCUGCAUAGUUAGUGAUCUCAGCAUGUAUUUCGCCAAUAGCGUUGCUGAAGAACUGGGAAUCCCUGUCCUUCUGUUGUGGACUGCGAGUGCCUGUGCCUUUUUAGGCCUUGCACAUACCCGCCGUCUCGUCGAAAGUGGUCUACUUAUACCACCCAAAGAUGAGAGCCAUGAUCUUCCAAACGGGUACAUGGAGACUACAAUUGAUUGGAUUCCUGGGAUGAAAAAUAUUCGUAUCAAGGAUCUCCAUAGCUUUCUAUUCGCAUCAGAUCAUCCGAAAGGUAUCAUGCUGAUCAACUUUAUUUUGGAGAUGGUAGAGAAAGCUUCGAAAGCUUCCGCCAUAGUUGUGAACACUUUUGACACAUUGGAGCAUGAAGGAUUGGAUGCUCUUUCCUCCUUGUUUCCUCCUGUUUAUGCCAUUGGCCCUCUUCAUUUGCUUCUCAGUCAAAUUCCACAAAACAAUUCAAAGUUGAAUAAUAUCGGUUCCAAUCUUUGGAAAGAUGAAGCUGAUUGUCUCGAAUGGCUCAAUUCCAAGGAACCCAACUCGGUUAUUUACGUGAAUUUCGGCAGCAUCACAGUCCUAACUCCAUCACAAAUGGUCGAGUUUGCUUGUGGACUCGCUAACAGCAAGAAAGCCUUCCUGUGGGUGAUUAGGCCUGACAUGGUGAAGGGUGACUCAGUAAUUGUACCCCACAAGUUUUUAAGUGAAACCAAAGACAUAAGCAUUGUGGUAAGUUGGUGCCCACAAGAGGAUGUGCUAAGCCACCCAUCAAUCGGAGGAUUCUUGACCCAUUGCGGAUGGAACCAAAGUUUUGAAAGCAUGUGCACAGGAGUGCCUGUGCUCUGCUGGCCAUUCUUUGCCGACCAGCAGACAAACUGUAGGCUCGCGUGCGUUGAAUGGGGCAUUGGCCUGGAGAUCAAUUGUAAUGUGAAAAGAGAUGAAGUGGAAAAGCUUGUGAGAGAGUUGAUGGAGGGAGAGAAGGGUAAGGAGAUGAGGGAACAUGCCGUGAAGUGGAAGAAAAUGACAGAGAAAGCAGUUGGUACAAAUGGCUCUUCAAACUUAAAUCUCGACAAAGUGGUUAAGGAGAUACUGCUGCAGUUGAAUCCGUAGAUUUUUAUUUAUAUUUGUUGAAUCUUUUCUUUAAGAUUAUCUUUACUCUAUCUACGUACGUACAAUUAAUGCCCUUGGAGAUAUUGAUCAACUACUACCAAAAAGACUAUCCCAAGAUUGGGUUUAA